UACAAAACAGGAACUAGUUGUGGAUCUCAGAAAUUCUCAACACAUCCUUUCAGGUUCCAAACAUCUACUAGAAGAGGAAUGCAGAUUUAAACUGAGUGAGGUGUGGAGUGGGGGAAGCUGACUGGGUCUGGACCAAAGAACUUCGAGGAACUUGCCCAGAGCCCUGCACGCAUCAGACCUACCGCAGACACUGCAGGCCCGAAGAAAGCACCUUUUCUGCUGCCAUGACAACCAUGCAAGGAAUGGAACAGGCUACGCCAGGGGCUGGCCCUGGUGUGCCCCAGUUGGGAAACAUGGGUGUCAUACAUUCAUAUCUGUGGAAAGGAUUGCAAGAGAAGUUCUUGAAGGGGGAACCCAAAGUCCUUGGGGUUGUGCAGAUUCUGAUUGCCUUGAUGAGCCUUAGCAUGGGAAUAGUAAUGAUGUGUGUGGCGUUUAGUUCUUAUGAAGAACGUCCCAUUUCUGUGUAUGCUGGGUACACAAUUUGGGGGUCCGUGAUGUUUAUUAUUUCAGGAUCCUUAUCAGUUGCAGCAGGAAUUAGAACAACAAAAGGUCUGGUCGGAGGUAGUCUAGGAAUGAAUAUCACCAGCUCAGUCUUUGCUAUAACAGGGAUCGUAAUCAAUGCAAUAAGCUUGACGUUGUAUUCAUUCCGUUACCAUUACUGUAACCAGAACCAGUUGUCAAAUAAUUGUUACAUGACUGUGUCCAUUUUAAUGGGUAUGGAUGGCAUGGUGCUCCUCUUAAGUGUGCUGGAAUUCUGCAUUGCUGUGUCCCUCUCUGCCUUUGGAUGUGAAGUGCUUUGUUGUAGCCCCGGUGAGGGAUUUCCAGGCCACACCACAUCCCACUCCCCGACAGCCCUCCCUCAUAGAAGAGAGAUGGACUAUAGCGCAUUGACUCUAGUAGUGGGGCUUUGCAUCAUAAAACCCUAGAAGUCAGAGAUUCUCAGCAAUUACCAAUGAUUUUGUAAUUUCAUCAAGUGAAGUAACUUUCAUGUCAUAAUAUUUAAGUCUGUGUUCCCUUUGGCUCUUAGCAUAGAAGCUGGGGAAUGUUGUUUCUCUAAUCUCCUGGUGUGAGUCCAGAAAAGCAGUGGCUUUGGGGCAUAUCUUGGCUAAAUCUCUGUCUCUUCCUGGUCCUCCAUCAUGCCCUACCAACCCAAUGUUGCACUGAGUUUGUGGAAGAAUAACCAGAACUUUUCUUAGUUUCAUGAUGAUUCCUGCUAUUCUGGGCCAGUGUGGUUUUUGCAAUGCUUUAUUCAUAACCAGCAAAUCAUGAUUUGGGUAUGUUGAUGUCAUUAGCAUGAGCAACCUGGUUUGGAAGAAGAGCCCCAUAUUUUUCAUGACACCUUGGUUUACCCAACAUAUUGUGCACUGUCAUCCACCUGUAAGACUGAUUUACUUGCAAGACCAGGGCAGUGGUCAUCACAGCUCGGGUCAAGAGCUACCACUGAAUGUUGUGUCCUAAUCAGGCCUGAUCUAAAGAAUGACUGAGAAGCCCUACAUGAUCUUGAGAAUCAAUCAGAGAAGAAAAGAGUAAACUCUGAUGAUGAUGACUUUAUGUGGGCAGGAAAGGGGCACUCUGAGGUUAUUUGGGUGACUCGCCUAUGGCAUUCUGAUUGU